AUGCCUCGAAUUAGAACUAUGAAUUCAAGAAAACCACCUGAAGGGUGGGAUAAAGUAGAAUCCUUUUUAGAUGAAAUGAAUAAAAAAAUGAGAAGUUUAGAAAAUGAAGAUACAUCUAAAAAGAGAAAAAAUGAAAUAUUAUGGCCAAUAUUUCAAAUAAAUCAUCAAACAUCUCGUUAUAUAUAUGAAUUAUACUAUAAAAGGAAAGAAAUAUCAAGAGAAUUAUAUGAUUAUUUAGUUCAAGAAAAAUAUGUUGAUGGUGCUUUAAUUUCUAAAUGGAGAAAGCAAGGUUAUGAAAAUUUAUGCUGCCUAAAAUGUAUUCAAGUAUCUGAUAGUAACUUUAAUAAUACUUGUAUUUGCAGAGUUCCAAAAACUAAUCUAGGAAAUAGGACUUUGCAGUGCGUAAAUUGUGGGUGUAGAGGAUGUGCUAGUGGAGAUAAAUAA